GAGUCGGAUUGGCCCGGGUCGGGACGGAAGCGCCCCAGGUCUGGAGCGGUUGGAAUCCUGCAGGCGCGAUGUGGGGCGCGAGCAGGGGCCGGGCUGCCCAGCGGGCGCUGCUGGCGCUGCUGCUGGCGCUGCUGCUGGCGCUGUCGGUGCCGAGCGGUGGCGCGUCCAAGACCAUCGCCGGGCUCGUGACCUGCGGGUCGGUGUUGAAGCUGCUCAAUACGCACCACCGGGUGCGGCUGCACUCGCACGACAUCAAAUACGGAUCCGGCAGCGGCCAACAGUCGGUAACCGGCGUGGAGGCAUCUGACGACGCCAAUAGCUACUGGCGGAUCCGCGGCGGCUCGGAGGGCGGGUGCCCGCGCGGCGUCCCAGUGCGCUGUGGGCAAGCAGUGAGGCUCACGCACGUGCUCACCGGCAAGAACCUGCAUACGCACCACUUCCCGUCGCCGCUGUCCAACAACCAGGAGGUGAGUGCCUUUGGGGAAGAUGGUGAGGGUGACGACCUGGACCUGUGGACAGUACGAUGUUCUGGGCAACACUGGGAGCGUGAGGCCACUGUACGCUUCCAGCAUGUGGGCACCUCUGUGUUCCUGUCAGUCACUGGUGAGCAGUAUGGCAACCCCAUCCGUGGGCAGCAUGAGGUGCAUGGCAUGCCCAGUGCCAACACUCACAACACAUGGAAGGCCAUGGAGGGCAUCUUCAUCAAGCCUGGUGCAGAUCCCUCUGUAGGUCAUGAUGAACUCUGAAUGUUGGGUGGGUGAAAGGAGGGUGGCUGGGUAGGGAAUCUGCAAGGCCACUCUUGUGAGGGAGACUUUGGGUUUGUAGGGGUCCCUAAGUGCCUUUGUGAUUAAAGAAUGUUGGUUUGUGAUUA